UGUUUUCUGUGAUGAUUAGCUAACAUUUAUGCAGGUAAAAAACAGGUUAAUGGGGUGGCAGCUCAUUACAGGAAUGGUAAGAAUGCUGUGGCAUUUCUUUUCUCGUCUUGCUUUUACUUAAAGGGAAAGUCUGAGACAUGUACACCCAGCUGUUUCCAGUGAGUAGCCAGACUGUCAGUCAGAAUAGCUCCCUGCUCUUGACUCAAACAUGCAGGAAUUAGCUCGACACAGGCAAUAAGUUAUGCGUUUAGAUUAUGAGUAACAUCCCUCAGCAACGAAUUCCUACAUCACAAAUACAGGCCAGUCUGUCCAUCUGGGGAUGGGGGGGUCUUGGAGUCGUGCUGUUCCUCGUCACCUUUGGACCCUUUGCCAUAUUCUACCUGGCCUUUUAUAUCUUCUGCUUCAUUGGAGGGGGCUUUGCGGUCACUCUGCUCUAUGGAAAGAUCAACUCAGAGAGACACCUAGAGAAGUGCGAGCAGUCCUACUUGCCUCCCACACAAAUUGGUAUACUAAAGACGUUGGAUGAGAUGAAGCUGGAGAUGAAGCCUAUAAAGAUUGACAGGAGACUGACUGGCUCCAGUUUCAUAGAUGAACCACUACAACAGGUGAUUCAGUUUGCUCUGAGAGAUUAUAUCCAGUACUGGUACUACACUCUGAGCGAGGACGACUCCUUCUUAUUGGAGAUCAGACAGACGCUGCAGAAUGCCCUCGUCCAGUUCUCUACACGGUCCAAAGAGGUGGACUGGCAGCCUUACUUCACUACUCGCCUGGUGGACGACUUUGCCACCCAUUUACGUGUCUUUAGAAAAGCCCAGGAUCGCCUCGCUGACAGAGAGGACAAGCAAAGGGACAUAACAGAGGAGCUGGUGGACUCCUUCUUUGAGGCCGAGGUGGAGAUGGAGAGGAAGAUUUGUCGAGACGUCGUGUGCACUUCACACAAAGAUGAAGAAGGUUUUCUUCGGGACUUGUGUGAGUUGCUUCUGUAUCUGUUACUACCUCCUGGAGAUUUCCACAACAAGAACAUGAGAUACUUCCUGAGGGAGGUGCUGGCGCGUGGUGUGCUACUUCCUCUGAUCAACCAGCUUAGCGACCCAGACUACAUCAACCAGUUUGUCAUCUGGAUGAUACGGGACUCCAGCUGUAACUAUGAAGCCUUCAUGAACAUCCUGAAGCUGACAGACAAGCCUUCUGAGCUGGAGGCCGUCAAGGACAAGGUGCUAGAGGAGCUGCAGUACCUCCGCUCCCUGGACACCGCCGGAGAUGACAUCAACGUGAUCAAGAACCAGAUUAACAGUCUUCUGUUUGUGAAGAAGGUGUGUGAGACCAGGAUCCAGAGACUACACUCUGGCAAGGAGGUGGAUGCCUUGAAGCUGGCAGCCAACUUUGGCAAGCUGUGCGUUAUCCCACUGGACCACAUCCUCAUCCACAACAUAGCCCUGCAGUUCUUCAUGGACUUCAUGCAGGCAGCGGGGGCCCAGGCAGAGCUGUUCUUCUGGCUCACUGUGGAGGGCUACAGGGUGACGGCACAGCAGCAGCUGGAGGUCAUGCAGGGCUGGCAGAAAGAUGGCAAGAAGCAGCCCAGCGCCACAAAGGGGCUGCUGAAGGCCGCCGCGCUGGGUGUCUACGAACAAUACCUCUCGGACAAGGCGUCUCCUAGGGUGCAGGUGGACGAAGCGUCCGUAACAACACUAGGGGAGAAGCUACAGAAAGACGACCCCACGCCAGAGAUAUUUGAUGAAAUCCAGAGAAAUGUCUAUGAAAUGAUGCUACGUGAUGAACGCUACUACCCCUCCUUCAAGCAGAGCCCUCUCUACGUCCGCAUGCUAGCAGAGUUGGACAUGUUGAAAGAGCCGAGCUAUCGGGGGUCUGAUGACGGCGAUGGAGAAUCCUUCAAUGGCUCUCCCACAGGAAGCAUAAACCUAUCUUUGGACGACUUGUCCAACUCCUGCCAUGAUGAAACUAUGCACCUACAUGCCUUCAUCUCCGACACAGAUGAGGCCUAUUGUGAAUUGGGUCGCGAUGGUUUGUCCUUUUUAAAAGGGGUGUGCAACGACCACGGUAAGACCUACGCGCUGUACGCCAUCACUGUGUUCAGACGCAGCCAGGACGGCAGCGAGGACUGCUGGAAGACAUAUCGCCGCUACUCUGACUUCCACGACUUCCAUAUGAGGAUCACCGAACAGGUGUGUUUUGAGAACCUGACAUCGAUCCUCAAACUGCCAGGGAAGAAGACCUUUAACAACAUGGACAGAGACUUCUUAGAAAAGAGGAAAAAAGACCUCAAUGCAUACCUACAGUUGCUGCUGAACCCAGAGAUGGUGAAGGCCUGUCCAACUCUGAUUCCUUAUGUCUACGACUUCCUAGAGAACAAGGCCUACAGCAAGGGCAAAGGAGAGUUUGCACGCAAGAUAGACACGUUUGUAAAUCCUCUGAGGAGCUCGAUGAGAAACGUGUCCAACGCGGUGAAGGGCCUUCCAGACAGUCUGGCCGAGGGCAUGACCAAGGUCUCUGAUAACAUGGGCCGCAUGUCAGAAAGACUGGGUCAGGACAUUAAACAGUCCAUACUCAAGGUGCCUCCGCUCCUCCCCAAGUCUGACAUCGACCCUGAACACUGUCGAGUUUCCGCUCAGCUUGAUGACAACGUGGAUGAUAACAUCCCGCUGAGGGUUAUGCUGCUACUGAUGGACGAAGUGUUUGACCUUAAGGAGAAAAACCAGUGGCUGCGCAGGAACAUUAAGAACCUGCUGCAGCAGCUGAUCCGGGCCACGUAUGGAGACACCAUCAACAGGAAAAUAGUGGAUCAUGUGGACUACUUGACUUCACCUGAGCAGGUUGCAGACUACGUGAAGAAGUUCAGGGAUUCCUACUGGCCCAACGGUAUUCUGGCUGAGACGCCGCCCCGUCGAGACAAGAGCAUCCGCAUGAGGACACGAAUAGCUGCCAAGACCAGUCUGCUGGGCAUCAUGCCAGACGAGCUGAAGCACAUCAUCGGAGCGGACACCACAAGAAAGGGCAUACUUCGCGUCUUCGACAUGUUUCAGUACCAACCCAUGAACCGUCGGCUAGUCUAUGUUUUCCUGGAGGGCUUCUUGGAGACGAUGUUCCCCCAGUACAAAUUCCCCGAGCUCUUUGUCAAGCUGCACUCCCGCUCGCCACGCAUCCACAGAUACGGCCAGAAACACAAAUCCUCCUCCCUCAAGAGGUGACAGGAGAGGACGGAGGCGACGGGACAUGGGCCGACCUGACACAAACACAGACUUGAGAGCUAAGAGUGAGAGUGGGUGGGGGGCUUGAUGUGAACGUCGAGGUAUGUGUGUGAUUUCUGCCCUUCCACUUCCCUCACACACUCUUUUCAGUGAAAACACUCCGAUUAUCCAGCUGAUUAUUUCUGUCAAGACAGAACUGAAGGAUGAACAACACACACUCUGCCCUCCUCUCACUCUGUGACACACACACACACACACACACACAAACACAAAUCCUGUAAUUUGCACCAAGACUGGACAUGGCACUCUUUUCUUUUAGUUUAGAUAUUUUUCCUCCUCCUUUUUGGACUUUUUAGUUGUGUUUAGCUUUAUUUCUGGGCCAGUCAAUGCUGCUUUCUCCUGGUCUAGAGAGCAGACCACAAAUACUGAAUUGUUUUUAAACUGCAGGAGUAGAUAGCAUAGACCCACACCUUGCCUUACCUUCCCGCUUCUGUCUUUUGGCCGACACUCUCUACCAUCUCAGUGACCCGGCCCCUCAGCUGUAGUCAAACUUACCCUCAUGCUGUAGACAUUUUAUCUGCGAAAGCUGCACACUAAACAUGCAAACAAUAUUUUGUUUUCAUAGCAACCAAAUAUGUCAAUAGCACUGGGUUAAAAAGGCGCUGUUUUUAAAAAUGUGACUGAACAAAUAUGGGUCGAAAGAGAUGAUUUAGAUUUUUAUCGUCUGCAUUUUUUUCCAGCCUCUCUCUCGAGACAUUUUUUUUUUCUUUCCGAAGUGUUACAUCAUGACCCUCAAAGAAUAGCUCCACUUCCCCUUUAACGCUACUGUCAUAAUAACCUGUGACGACCAAAGCUCAUGCUGUUCCGUACGUGUGUGUGCACUGGUUUGAUGUGGGGAUACUCUGAGCGAUACUGUGCUUCAUAUCCUUAAUCAUGUGAGGAAAGAGGACGCAAACCUUUAACGAGCUAAAAGGUGACGCUGUGAGGACACACCGAAGUGUGUGUUGCAGUAGUGGGAGGCUCAGCUCCGGCUGUCCAAUCAAAGAAUGUACUCUCUGGUCUAAUGUAUUUGGCUCGUGUAGACUUUUGUGUGAAUGGGUGUGUGUGUGUUUAGCACGAAGAUGCAACCCUCUUCAGUCAGAAACUGUGCCAGUGUGAGCUAGUGAACCAGCCUUAAAAACUAUAUAUACUGACCAAGAGACGCACGCUAGAGGUAGCUCUCCUUCACUUGACUGAACGUUACAAAGGAAAUCAAGAUGGAGAUAUAUCCACUUUUAUUCAGAGAAAAUGUCUUUAAUUUUGUGCAAUAUUUUUUUUUUCUUUAAUGCAUGUGCAUUUUGAAUCAUUGUAUACUGAAAAAAAAGUAAUUGUUUUAAUGGUAGAAAACAUGAAAGAAGCUUCCCCAGAAACGUCUUCUCAUCCCAACAACUUUACAUUCCGUUGUUGUAAAAGUACAAUGUUCAUUUUACAGACUUGUUUUAUAAGUCUGAGUUUUUUUUGUUCGGUUUUUUGGUGUGUGUGGGGGGUAUUUUAUCCCUCGCCCACUCGUACAGAAUCUGUUUUUGGUAUCAGUUGGGCAGUGGCCCGAUGAUUAACUCAUUGGGCUAUCACUAGUUCAAUAGCGGCCUCAAACAACUGCUUCUUUUUAACUCAUAUGUGGCGUUUUUAUGCAUUCAAGCCUGUUUUGUUGAGUGUGAAAAGAUCUUUGUUAUUAACUGACAGCUGGAGGGACCACCCCCCACCCCCCUCGCCUCCUGUCCAAUAGGCUCACAGGACAGCCGUCUCCUGUGACCAAUGAAAUCACUGCUAAUGAGCACUUACCUGUAGCAACUGUAGGAGGGCCUCUCCCAUUGGCUGGACGGAGCCCCAUUCUGCUGCAGUCAUUGGAUGGAACUCCCUCGUCUGCUUUGGUUCCGCUUGCACUGAGCGGCCCUGGUGGACUCUGAUCGGCCGAGUAGGAGGACGUGAACCGGAGCCUCGCUCACUGGGAGGUGAAAUAUUAUUUGUUCCCACGGUGGAGGAGGUGUCACUUCUAACUUUCUGCACAUCUCUCCAUACAGGAAAGGCUUGUCUUUUUUUUUUUUAACCCCAGUAUUUAUGAAUCUAUGAUAAUGAAAAUUGUGCAUAUCUGUGUACAGUAUGUGUUAAUAGUGUGCCUAAAUGUACUGUCAACUCUAUUUUCAUAUUUUUCUUUAACCUAAAAAAAAAAAAAUCAAUCAGAAUGUCAUGAUCAUUUUACGCGACUGAAAAUGACUUUAGGGUGUUUUUUUGCAUCAUGCUUAUCAAACUCUUCCUUGUGAGCAGUUGUGCUCAGAUCAGUAUAACACUAAUAAAAGGUAACUCAGACUAA